GAGGAUCGUGAGUCAGGAACAUUUUUGGGGAGAGUCUUCUUACUCUCGAGCGCAGCGAUAUGGGUGUAGCUUCAGUAUAUUUGGUCGAGCGCAUGUGAGUAGGUCGAAAGGGGAAGAUUUGCUCGCCAUUCUGUGCAGAAUCCACGUCGGCAAGAUCAGAGUUUCUCCGCACCGGACAUUAUCUUGCAUGCGGCGCAGGCACCAUGCACCUAGAAAUCUUGCAGUUUCCACCCUUGACCUCUUCGCUCUCCAGCACAACACAAUCCUUGCAUUUGAAAGUCUUGACAUCGAAGGAACGUGUACUGUAUUUUCCAGGCAGCAAACGUCGAAUUAGACGCCAUGGCGGACCGCAAAUCAGCCUACGGCACGGCCGCUGCGUCCGAUACAGAUUUUCGAAGAACAUGGGAUAGGGCAGAAUAUGAAGCAAAAGCCAAAAAGGAAAAGGAGGAACAGAGAGAAGAAGCAAAGGCUCGUUAUGAAGCGAAACUUGAAGGCAAGAAAUGGCACAAGCCUGUCGAUUUCUCCGCGCUCGACGCCACGUCUGCAAGAGGCUCGCGCCUGGACGUGGCUAGCAUGGUAGGCAAAAGCACCCUUGUACCCGCAACAGCCGGUGUUGGGAAGCGAGGCAGAGGAGCUGGCUUCUACUGCGAGGCAUGCGACCUUACCUACAAAGACAACGUGCAAUAUAUCGAGCAUCUCAAUUCGAAGCAGCAUCUCGUCAACACUGGUCAAUCAGGAGAGGUCAAGAGGGCCACUCUAAUGGAUGUGAGAGAGCGAUUGGAGAUGCUCAAGGAGCGUAAGAGGCAGCAAGAGGAAGAGGACAGACGGCUAGGAGAAGUUGACAUCCAGGCCAGAAUCAAGAAGGCUGAAGAACUUGAUGCCGCCGAGAGAGAAGAGAAGAGGCGGAAACGAAAUGAGAAGCGGCGGAAGGGCGGAGCGGACGGUAUCAAGAAAGAGGAUGACUGGGUCAACAGACUGGGCAUUAUCGGAGGACAGCAAGCAACGCCAUCAUGAACAACGAUACCGUCAGAUGAAUAACUUGGAUCAGAUUUCAGGUAUCAAGGGACUCACGCGCGUAUG